AUGGGAAUUGUGCCUCAGCCUUCCUGGUUCCCCAUACCUAUAGGGCAACCCACUCCCGCCCACCUCAUAACCACGGCAGCUGCUCUCCGAUUGGGCGAGCUCCUCCACCUUCGCACCCACAUCCACCUACGAUCAGGCUUGUCCUCUCUCCUUCGGUCCCCUUUCAAGGGGCUCUCUAAUUUUGAUAAUUUGCUUCAAUUCAAGGAUGUAUGGCAUGAAAGAGCAUUUCUAUUCAAAGGAACAAAAUUUCUUCGAUCAUCAAAGGAUGCUUUCUCAGAAACAUGUGCGUCUUGCUUAUGUUUCUUUGGUGGAAAAAACUCUAAUACAGAUUUUGGAGGCAAGGGAAAAUCACAUUUGGAGUCAUCUAGCAAAAAUUCCUUAAAUGGAAGAAAAUGGACGAAUAUCCUCCUUGCAAUUAAUGUCUUAGUAUAUGUUGCUCAAAUUGCUACCCAGGGGAAGCUGAUAAUUUGGGGAGCUAAGAUUAAUAGCUUCAUUGAUAGAGGACAAUUAUGGCGGUUGGUGACCUCUUCCUUUCUACAUGCAAACAUUGGUCAUCUCAUGGUCAACUGUUAUUCUUUGAACUCUGUCGGUCCUAUCAUGGAGGAUACCACUGGCACUAGAAGAUUUCUUGCAGUUUAUUUCACUUCUGCAAUUGCAAGUUCAGCGAUGAGUUACUGGUUCUGCAAAGCACCCGCAGUUGGUGCAUCGGGGGCAAUUUUUGGACUAGUUGGGUCCUUUGCUGUGUUUGUCCUUAGGCAUAGAAGUCUUGUCAGAGGAGGGAAAGAAGAUUUACAACAUAUAGCUCAAGUAAUUGCUCUAAACAUGAUUAUAGGACUGUUGUCUAAAGGCAUUGAUAACUGGGGGCAUUUGGGAGGUUUGCUUGGUGGAGCUGCCAUGUCAUGGCUUCUCGGCCCUGCAUGGAGGUAUGAAUCCCGCUCCAAUGAUGGGAGAAAAGUUUUUGCAGACCGAGCACCCAUAUUUUAUCUGAUCAACAGGAAAGGAAGAGCUGGGUAGUUGAAGGAAUUGUAAGUUUUCAGACAUAGCUGCCUUCUCCACUCCAUGGACCUCCUAAGGCCCAAUUUGGAUUGUGAGAAUCCAAACAGGCAGAUAUUGCCCUGAUUUUGUCACAUUAUUUAGAGAUAUGAAGCAUCAAGGGAAUUGCAUAAUUGAUCUUCUUGCUUCAAUUCCCACAACCAAUAGUAAUCGAGAUCUCCA